AUGCACAUUAAAAAGAUAGCCAUACAGGGCUUCAAAACUUACAAGAAUGCUACUGUUAUUGAUGAUUUAAGUCCCAAUUGCAAUGUUGUUGUUGGCAGAAAUGGUUCAGGAAAGUCAAAUUUUUUUGCUGCCAUUCGAUUUGUACUUAGUGACGCGUACACGCACAUGACAAGAGAGGAAAGACAAGCACUAAUACACGAUGGAUCAGGUACUGUUAUGUCUGCUUAUGUUGAAAUUGUUUUUGAUAACACUGACGGCCGUUUCCCCAUUUCCAGGUCCGAGAUCUCCAUAAGAAGAACUAUUGGUAUGAAGAAGGACGAUUACUCAUUGGAUGGGAAAUCAGCUACAAGGUCCGACAUCAUGAACUUAUUGGAGAGUGCUGGGUUUUCAAGAUCAAACCCGUAUUACAUUGUACCUCAAGGAAGAAUUACCAGCUUGACAAACUCCAAGGAUCACGAGAGGUUAACCUUGUUGAAGGAAGUUAGUGGUGCUUCUGUUUUUGAGAGUAAAUUAAAGGAGUCGAUGAAGGAGAUGAACCAAUCAACUUUGAAGAGGCAACGAAUUGAUGAGGCCUUGGAUAGUAUAAAUGAGAAAAUCAGUGAUUUGCAGAUUGAAAGUGACGAUUUGAAGGAGUUUCAAUCAUUGGAGAAGCAAAAAAAAGUGUUGGAAUACAAUAUUUUUGAUAGGGAGUUUAAUGAAUUGAAUGAGUCAAUUACAGGAUUAGAGGAGAGACACCAGCAGUUGAUGUCUGAUUCACAAAAGGAUUUGAGCGAAAUGGAGCAAAGAGAAAAAUUGUGUCUUCAAUUACAAACAUCAAUCAAUGAGUUGAAAGUGUCGUUGAAAGUAUUGCUUUUGGAGAAGGAGCAGACUGAUUUAGACUACAAUCAAUUGUUGAAGAGCAUUGCAGAAAAGGAAAUCAAAAUCAAUGAGUUGAGGAUCAAUUUGGAUACAGCUGAUGACAAGUACAGUGACAUUGAUGAACAGAUUGAGACUCAUCGCCUACAAAUCAAGCAACAAUUAGACUCAAUUGCACAAGAGAAGCCUCGUUUGGUCGAGAUGCAGAAGCGGGAAUCAGAAUUGAAACAGCAGUUGGGCGAGUUGCACUCUAAACAAAGAGCUCUAUAUUCUAAGCAAAACAGAUUUCUGCAAUUCGACAAUAAGCAGAAACGUGAUUCUUGGUUGGCAGACGAGAUUUCCAAAUUGAAAAAACAGGUUAAGGAGAAGGAGCAAGAUAUUAAGCAUGUUUCGAAGGAGCUCAAAUCCAAAAUUGGUGACGAGAAAAGUUGUUCUCAAAGGAUCAGUGAAUUGGAGCUGCUUUUGAACGAUGAAAACAACAGCGUGCAAAUAUCUACAUUAAAGAACAGCAUUCAAUCAUUGAAGCUGAAAAUCAGUCAAUGUGUAGACAAAAGAAAAAGUUUGUGGAGAGACGAGAUUCGUUUAAAGAGUGUUUUCGACUCCAUUACUAACGACUUUAACAAUGCAUCAGAUACAGUCAACCGAACCAUGGAUCGCGCCCAAGCCCAAGGGAUCGCGGCUGUGAAAUCAAUUGCCAAGAAGUUGAAUCUCGAAAAAAACGUGUAUGGAACGGUUGCAGAAUUGUUUCAAGUUGGUGAUAAAUACAAAGUUGCUACAGAGGUUAUUGCUGGGACGGCAUUGUUUCAUGUUGUUGUUGACACUGAUGCCACUGCUGCUUUGCUUAUUGAGGAAUUAAUUCGAACCAAAGCAGGCAGAGUUACAUUCGUGCCUUUAAAUCGUAUUGAAGAUACACUGGUGUUUGAAUAUCCUGACUCUCAAGAAAAUCAAUGCUUGCCGUUGAUUUCGAAACUCAAAUAUGACCACGAAACUGUUGGAAAAGCAAUGAGUCAGAUUUUUGGGAAAGCAUUAGUUGUAAAUGAGUUGCAAAGAGGUGCUGAGCUUUCUCGUAAAUUCAAAUUAACGUGUAUUACGUUAGAUGGUGAUAGGGUUGACACCAAGGGGGUUUUGUCAGGUGGGUAUCGAGACUUCAAGACAUCAAGAAUUGAUGCAAUGAAAUUACAAACCAAGAAAAGAAACGAGUUGGUCAAAACUGAAGCGGAAAUAAACAAGGUUGGCCAAGAAAUAUCCAAUGCUAAUCAAGAAAUGACAAAUUUGAAUAACGAGUUGCAAUUAACCAUUAGAGAUUUAGACAAUUUGGAGAGAGCAAAGGAACCGUUUGAAAUUGAAUUGUCGCAGUUGAAAGCAAAGAAGUUUAAUCUCGAUGAAGAAGCUUCAGUGUUGAGAUCAAAUUUGGAGUCAUUACAAUCGGCAAAGGGAGUCUUGAGCACCAACCAGAAACAAUUUGAAAGAGAAUUGAAUUCAGAUUUCACUGAUUCAUUGAGUGAGGAAGAAGUUUGUCAACUUGAACUGUACAAUAAUCAAAUCACAGAGAUUGAGCAUGAGUUGGAUGAUGUUGUAACAUCAGCAUUGGAGUUGGAUACAAGGUUAAGUGAGUUAGAGAAUGACGCCGAGAGUUUAAGGUUGAACAUGAACCUCUUGUCACAGGAGAAGCAAUCACUAGGUGAUAAAGACUUGCUACAGCAGGAGUUUGAUGAAAUUAGUCAAGAGAUGGAGGAUUUGCAGAUGCAACUUGACACGGCUCAGUCACGCAUGGACCAGGCUAGUGGCAACUUUGUUCAAAUUCUGGAAGAAAUUAGUGAAAAUGAAAAGAGCUUGCAACGGGCCAACGAACAACAAAUCACCACUUUAAAGGAUUUUGAAAAAUUUUCAAAGUCAGCGACAAAAGUAUUGAAUUUGAAACUGAUCAAAGAACAGACUAGAGAUGAAGUGAAUAAGAGGAUCAGAGAGUUGGGAGUGUUACCAGAAGAAGCAUUCCAACCAGAGAAGUUUGACAAGUUUAGUUCAAAUGAUUUGGUGGGGCAAUUGAACAAGGUGAAUGGCAAGUUGACAAAGUAUUCUCAUAUCAAUAAAAAGGCCAUGGAGCAGUAUAAUCAGUUUACAAAGCAGCGAGAUGAAUUGAAUGCAAGAAAGGAGGAAUUGGACGAAUCAAAGAAAUCGAUUGAAGAGUUGAUUGCCAAUUUGCAACAGCAGAAAAAGGAGGCCAUUAUGAGUAGUUUUAAACAGGUUGCCAAAGCAUUUCAUGAGAUAUUUCAGAAAUUGGUGCCACAAGGGGUGGGGUACUUGGAAUUGCAAAAGAAGAAUGUCAAGGAUACACAAUCGCAAACGCAAUCGCAAAUGCAAUCGCAAACGCAAACGCAACAGCAUGACGAAGAUGAUGUAAGUGAAGGGGAAGAAGGAGCCGUAAAUGAUUCCAUUGACAACUACACUGGUGUAUCAAUUUCAGUGUCGUUCAAUUCCAAAAAUGAUGAACAACAGAAGAUUGAGCAAUUAUCAGGAGGACAAAAGUCGUUAUGUGCAAUUGCACUAAUAUUUGCCAUUCAACACUGCGACCCAGCGCCAUUUUACUUGUUUGAUGAGAUUGAUUCAAAUUUAGAUACUCAGUAUCGCACUUCAGUGGCAUCCCUAAUCCAUUCACUUAGUUCAAACGCACAGUUUAUAUGUACUACAUUCCGUUCAGAGUUGUUGUCAUUGGCAGGAAACAAAUUCUAUGGGGUUGUAUUUAAUAAUAAAGUGAGUUCAAUUGUGGGGAUCAAUAAGGAGGAUGCCGUGAAUUUUGUGGAAGGGCAAGCGAAUAACUGA